AUGUCCGCGCCCCCGUUGCGCUCCAGGGCGCAGGGCGGGAUCGACGGCACGCCGCCCACCGAGGGGGCGCCGUGGGCGGUGGAUGCUGUCGACGGGGCGGCCACGAAGGGGAGGGCGGACUGCGCCAGCGGCAGGAAGCGGCCGGAGCGGGAGGAUGAGGUGGAGGCUGUCGGCGUUGAGGACGCGGACGUGGUCCGGUGGUCGCACAAGCGACUGCGCACGGGGGGCGGAGGCCAGUUCAAGGGACUGAAGUGGCACGAGAUCAUCGGGCGGUUGGAGCAGGUGGACCAGGAGGACACCCAGGCCAUCAAGCAGAUAUUGGACUUCAGCAUCGCGGCAGCCAAGAACGACCCCGAGGCGCAGUGCCGCAAGGUGGCGCCGGAGCUGAGGAAGGCGCGCGACCUGUUCUACACGAACCGCAAGGCCGCGCUCAAGCUGCUGGACGACACGGCCAAGGCGCAGACGCUGUUGAUGCUGAUGGGCGCCACGGACAUACCCCCGCUGGUCGGCGGCGGGAACAGCCCGUGUCCCAUGGGCACGUCGUCGAGGUCGCAGCACACGCCGCACUACGACGGCGUCACGGGAUCGGACAACCAGUCGGCGUCCGAACUGACGGUGGCGAGCGUGGAGAAGACAUGGUACGACCACCUCCACGUCGCCCUGCGCAAGCCUUCGCUCUCUGAGACACGCAUCCACAAGGCAGUGAGGUCGGCAAUCUCUGCCCUCAACAGUGAACCACACAGGUGGCCAGAGGAGCUGUUGCAGGCCCUGGAAGUUGCAUUGCAGGCCCAGACCAAGGAUCCUGCCGCACAGGCCGACUAUGUCAGUGACAUUCUUGCAAAAUUUGGGCCCCGGGAGCACCGCGCUGGUCAGCAUUCAGAAGAGGUGGCAGGCGAGCUGCUUCAGACGAUGCACCAGGCGAAUGGACAGGACUGCAGGAAUGGGCGUGAGGGCAGCCCUGCGGUGUUAGAGAGCAGAGGGAUGAGGUCGACAGCCAAUACUGAGACUGCCACAGCUGAAGAAGUGCCAGCAGGCUGGGAGAAGCUGUUCAACCCAAAGGACGCCAGUAAAGUAAAGGGGUAUUUGAAUGAUGAAACUGGACAGUUUGUGCGGACAUUGGAAGAGGUCUUGCAGCACGAGAAAAUGAGGUUCAUGGAAUGCCGAGAGUCACAGCCUGAAAAAGGAAGCGCCACCAAGGAUGCUGACUUGCCAAGCUGUUCAAAUCCCACUUCAGCCAGUGCUGCAAGCACACAGAAAAAGCCUCUGCUCCGGCAGUCCACAAUCUCCUCACACAUUGAUGAGGACCGGGUGGCCCCAGAGAGGGCGCCACCCCCCACAACGCCGUUCGAUAACGCAUCCCCUCAGAUCCUGCGCCAAGUUUCCCAACUCAAAGGCAGCCGUGUGAGUGAUGGGAGUGGUAGUAUCUCAAAGAUGAUGAAGAACGGAGGCCAAGCUGUCCGGCACCCUCACGCACAACAGCCUGUGCUGACAAAGGCUGCCACAAUGUCAUCCUACCAAAAUGCUAGUGGGCAAAGGGUUCCCUCAAGACUGACCGUGCCUGGCUCUGGCAGCCGAACCAAUGGAAAAUAUGUCCUGGGGCAAAAAGGGGAGCAAGUCUUUAUGCUUCCCGCUGAAGGCAUUGAUGCCGCCCAGUUGUUGCAAAGGCAUGGUCUGCUGCCCGGGCCAGGACAGCAGCCCCAGCUUCAGAGGAAGGGACCAACAGUCAACGCACCAGGAACCGCCCAAAGCAGAAAGAGAGAAGGAGGACUUUUGGUGCAGGCCCCUGCACACAUCAGUGGAGGCCACCAACAGCAGACUGCAGCACCUCAGCUGACACUGCAAGGCAUACGUGAAGCCCUUGAAAGAGCAACUCCAGCUGUUCCGCAGCAGCAACAUGGUGGAACACCUGGAAAGCAGCAGCAAGUGAUGAUCCGGCUACAGGGGGGUCGCGGAGAACAGAUGGUGGUGCUCCCAGCAUCGUCCCUGUUUUCAAACGCAGCAGCCUUGCAGCAGCAACAACAGCAGCGGCAGCAGCAGCAACAACAGCAGCAGCAGCAACAACAGCAGCAGCAGCAGCAGCUGCAGCAACGACAGCAGGCUGGGACCAGCCCCCCGAUCAGGUCCAACAGCGCACCAGUGAAUCUUGCUUGCGCCUCUGUGGUCAACUUAGGAAAUAACAAGGUUAUGCUCAUCCCCCAGCAGAAUGCAGGCACAGGUGGGCGAACAGUGCCCACCAGCACACCGCCCACACUCAGGCAGGAUGGCCUCAUUCGCAUGGCUCAGGAACGAAACCGAGGUGUUGGUGUGGUGCAAGCACGAGUGGAGUCCGGAAAGGGGAGCAAAGACGUGCUCCGGACACCACCUGUUGCUCAGGGCAUGCCACCAGUUCUCCAGAGGGAUGGAUCGAUCCCAAAAGCAGGGGGGUCAGCAGGGUCACCACUGAACAUGGCUGUGCAGCGGCAGCUCCUGCAGUUGUUGUCACAGUGCAAGAAUGGAGAUGGUAAUGUCAUCGACCCCGCUACACUGGAAAUGCUAAUAUCCAAGAAAGGAAUGGAUGAGGGCGAACAAACUGGGAAGAUGGCACCGACUGUGGCAUCUAGGACGGGGUCAGGGGAUCAUGCGGAGCUUUCUGUUGGCAUGAGGAACUCCGGCAGUAUACGCAGGUCCAACAGCGCUUGCAAGACGACAGAACAUCUGGGCCUUCAAAAGCAGCACUCGACAACUUCGUCGUUGAGGUCCAACCUGCGUGGACCAGAGGAGCCACACACAGGAGCCGAGGUAGUCAGGCAACACAGCAGGGGCGUGGGCAUGACGACCAGCCGUCAGUCGGGUCCGACAUCUAGCACUCACAGUGAGGGACCCUUGCGUGGGGUGCCACUGAACACAUUGAAGGCACUGGCAGCUGGGGGCCAGCUGGAGGAUCUGUCAAUGAUGGCAGAGGGCAGUGGUGCAGGGAAGAUGGCACUGAUGAUGGAUGGCGAUCGACCAACUAUGGUGCCCCUUCCUGAGAACCCCACAGAACUGUCUCAGGUGACUUCGGGUACAUCGAUGAAGAACCUGCAGCUUCUGCAGGUCCUGGGGGGAGGCAAGAUCCCUGUACUGUUGCCGCCGAUGGCAGGUGGUGCCAAGGCCUAUGCAAAGUCUCAAGAGCCAUCUGCUUCCAGGCAGUCGGGUCAGACACAAACGUCCUCAGGGAGGACCUCUAGCGAUGGACAGCAAAAACCAGUGAAAUGGACUUGUGUCUUGAAGAGCAAGCCCACCCCACAGCGUCCUAUCGAGGAGCUGUUCACUGUGGUGGGGUGGGUGCAUCCCAAGCUGCAGAAGAAGCUUCCUGGGACAAUGACAGUGGCUGAGUUCGAGAACCCAAGGCAGCUGGACUGCUGGCCUUCUGAGGAACACAUCGACCUGCAUCUGGAUGAAGGGACGUCAGACAGGGGCCGCCAUGCGUUGAAGAAACUCAGUGAAAUGAAAUUGGCCGCCGUUGUGCACCUGCCUGAGUUUGACUUCAUUUUUGUGCCACACCCGCACCAUGGAGACAUCGCAUUGAUGGGUCUCAUUAAAUCUCCAAAGGUGCCGUGCUCGAGUGUGCCCCAAUCCGAAACUUGA